GCGACGCUUGCAAGCUGCCACGUACCUCACGAGGAACAACCGAGAAUUCCAUUGACCAACCUCUUCCAAUCUUCCAACCUCUGCUUGUGCUCUAAGCCCUCUUGCGACUUCUCUUCUUCAGACGUUAUCUUCUGGCUCUUGUAAAACGAUUACCAUGGCAGACUCUACCGAUGCAUGGGCAACUGAACAGUAUGCUACAGGAAAUUACGGAGCGGAGCAGUACGACGCUGGAAAUUACGGAGCGCAGCAGUACGAUGCCGGCAAUUAUGGCACGGAAGUCUACGGCACAGAACAGUUCGGCGGUACCCAGUACGGCACAGAACAGUUCGGCGGCACCCAGUACGGCACAGAACAGUACGGCACCGGCUAUUACGGAACGGAUCAGUAUGGCACAGGUUGGAGCACCGAUCAGUAUGGACAGCAGUCUGAAGGAUUACUGCAAGGUUACCCCGGGUCGUCGGUUACAGGCCAAAGCGAUAAAGACGAAAACGACUCCUGUACUGCAGUGUGUCUCGGGCUUAUUCAGUCAAUGUCCAAAAAAAUGAAGCUGGUAUUGCUUCUGGCACUUCUUCUGCUCCUCUUUGUGAGUGCCUUACUUGUGGUCUUCGUCAUCCCCAAGCUGUUCGGGAAGAAAGAUGAUGAGGACAAGUCCACGGCUGACGGCGAAAACGACUUCCCACUAUAUCCAGCUGUACCCUCAGGGCCGGGUCUCCCUCCUGCUACAGUUCCUCUCCCAACGACCCCCAAAACAGUGAAGCCGACUACUCCGCGGACAAAAAGGACUCCGCCUACAACGCUGCCUACAACACUGCCUACAACGCUGCCUACAACUCUGCCUACAACUCUGCCUCCUACGACUCCUACGACUCUACUUCCUUCAUCAUUACCGACGGCGAUACCAGCGACGACGCCAACGACGACGACGCCAACAACGACGACGCCAACGACGACUUCCUCAUCUACCACCACCACAACGACCACCACAACCACCACAAGCUCAACCACAACGUCAACCACCACAACUUCAACCACCACAACCUCAACCACCACAACAUCCACCACCACAACGACCUCAACAACCACGACCACUACAUCCACCACAACAACGACUACGACCACCUCAACGACAACAACCACUACCACCACAUCGACCACCACAUCGACCACCACAUCGACCACGACAUCGACCACGACAUCGACCACGACAACGACCACGACAACGACCACGACCACAACAACGACCACGACCACCACGUCGACCACGACUUCCACGACCACAACGUCUACAACCACGACCACCACGACUUCCACAACCACAACUAGCACAACCACGACGAGUACGACAACCACCAGUACAACCACUACAACAACCACUACAACAACGACCACUACAACGACCACUACAACGACCACCACUACAACGACCACCACUACGACGACCACCACUACGACGACCACCACUACAACUACCACCACUACAACGACCACCACCACAACGACCACCACCACAACCACGACGCCGCGACCACGUGUUGACUGGAGCGCAAGACCUCUCAUCUGCUUCAUGAGGACUUACACAUAUGUAAUCCCCAACGUCGUGUUCCCAAGCGACCAUAUUUGCGACAUGGUGUACUUGCAAGUGAAUACAUACCAGUUGUCGGGACAGAAGAACUUGGCAGUGAUUGAUAAGUUCUACGAUGAAUCUGAAGCUAAGCCAUACACACUCUACGGGUUGUCCAUCGACCCAGGAGAUGUCACUAACACUAAUCCCAACACGCUCGAGGGUCCCGUCGUGAAGCGCAAGCUGACAACAGCAUGGCAACACUGGGUCCGCAAUUACGGUCUCCUGGACGUCGUCCUCAGCGAAAACAAGGUCUCUUCGCCGGAACGUGUAAUCAACUGGAUGAAAGAACUGAAAGCGUUGCAGACAUCUUUCCAAACCAGUUUCGCUCGAUACGCCAACUACCCCAGCCAUAUAGUGGUUGGUGUGACGCCAGCUUUCAGGGCCAAAGCCGACGUUCAAAAGUGGGCUAGUGUCACCCAGGGCAUUGUGGAUACGAAGAUUGCGGACGGACUCAUGAUAGUGACCGCGACGUACUUCGCUGUCACAGACCGUUACAACAACUGUUUGGUUCAUGCACCAGCCGCGUGGACCGAUAGCUUCCAGCUGGAUAAGCCAAAUUUUGCUGGGGGAUUGGAAAUUCUAAAAAAAUUGAACAUCGAUCAAUCCGUGAAGCGCUUCCUAGCGUUUGACGCUAGUGGGAAAGAGUUUCGCCAGGAGCGGGUUGUAUUAACCGUACAGACUCCGGAAGGAACAUCGUGCAAAAACAAUGAGACCACACAGCCUCGAGAAAGCGUGUGCAAGCUUCACAGCUCGACGCCAAAGCAGGCGAAGCGCAUAGAUCCCACAACGUGGUCAUGGUUCCUUCUGAGUAAUAAUAUUCUGUACAUAUAUGACUCACCGCGAACCAUGGUGACAAAGGCGUGCAUGGCCGCCCAGGAUUCCAACGCCGCAUUCGGAUACUGCCUGUUCUACACCGAGACUGCAACCAGUGCUCCAAGCUGUCCUCCCAUCAAACUGGCGAAUCAGACAGAACUCCGUGGCCCAGAUUCCCUUCUCCGCUAUGCCCAGACUCUGACGAAGAGAACGUACGCGGCAGGGGCAUUAUGUCCUAAAGUUCCACUUUGAACAGCGUCGUUGCUAGCGCGUCUCUGCGUAUGCGGCAGGCACAAAUGAGACAGGUGCCAGUGAGUGACAGACUGAAUGCCAUUUACCGUUCCUUCCAGACACUAAAAUAGCGAAAUAAAAAAUAGCGUGUCA